AUGUUAUCUUCAUAUUCUACCCUCUCCAAGAGAGCUGUAUCUUCUACUCUAUGUAGAGCUAUUCCUUUCUAUAGAACUUUAGCCUCUGCUGUCAGUGGUGCCCCACUAGAUGCCUCCAAACUUAAAAUUACCAAGAAUCCAAAUCCAUCCAACCCUCUACCAAAUGAUAAAUUGGUCUUUGGCCAAACCUUCACUGACCACAUGUUACAGAUCGAAUGGACCCAAGAAAAAGGUUGGGCCUCUCCUGAAAUUGUUCCUUAUGGUCCAUUAAAGCUAGAUCCUUCUGCUGUAGUGUUCCAUUAUGGGUUUGAAGCAUUCGAAGGUCUAAAAGCUUAUAGAACACCAGAAAAUAAAAUCACUUUGUUUAGACCAGACAUGAACAUGAAACGUAUGAAUAAAUCAGCGGCAAGAAUUUGCUUACCAACUUUUGACGGGGCAGAAUUAAUUAAGUUGAUGGGUAAAUUGAUUGAACAAGAUAAACGUUUUGUGCCUCAAGGCCAAGGCUAUUCCUUAUACUUGAGACCUACCAUUAUUGGUACCACGCCAGCUUUGGGUGUUUCCACUCCGGAUAGAGCCUUGUUAUACGUCAUUGCCUCUCCAGUGGGGCCAUAUUAUAAGACUGGUUUCAAAGCAGUUAGAUUGGAGGCUACUGACUAUGCCACAAGGGCAUGGCCAGGUGGUUGUGGUGAUAAGAAAUUAGGUGCCAACUACGCUCCAUGCAUCUUACCACAGUUACAAGCUGCUCAACGUGGUUACCAACAAAACUUAUGGUUGUUUGGUCCCGAAAAGAAUAUCACAGAAGUAGGUACCAUGAACGUUUUCUUUGCCUUCAAGAACACUGCUACGGGUAAGAAAGAAUUGGUUACAGCUCCAUUGGAUGGUACUAUCUUAGAAGGUGUCACUAGAGAUUCUAUUCUAGCUCUAACAAGACAAAACUUAGAUCCAAAGGAAUGGGAUAUUAAUGAACGUUACUAUACAAUCACUGAAGUACAAGAAAGAGCCAAAAAGGGCGAAUUAUUGGAAGCAUUUGGUGCAGGUACUGCUGCUGUUGUAUCUCCAAUCAAAGAAAUCGGCUGGCACGGUUCUGAUAUCAAAGUUCCAUUAUUACCAGGUGAACAAACAGGUCCAUUGACCAAACAAAUUGCUUCCUGGAUCGCCGAUAUCCAGUAUGGCAGAACCCAACACGGUAACUGGUCCCAAAUUGUUGCUGAUUUAGAUUAG